GUAUUUUCAUCGAAAUCUAAGAAAUUUUAUUUUUCAAUGCUUUGACUGGUAUAUUUUGGAUAUUCCACGACGGUAUAGCAAAUGGAAACGGUGAAUACUUUCCUUCGUUCUCCUUACUUGCGGUUUUCCCACUUGCGGACGAAUCUCAUACUACACACGGGUGCGUUUCGCUGUUUGGCUUAUGGUUUUUAAUUGCAUUAUUUGAUUAGAGAAAAGAGAAGUGUUUCAAUGCUUCGUCCCUGUUUUCUAGCACCGAGAAUAGUUUUUUUCAUCGCAAUGUGGUACGAAAACAAACGCUGGUGAAAGAUUGAGUGAAGGCGAUCAUAAGAGUGAAAUCAAAAAGUGAGUUUUCCAAGGCAGAUGACAAGUUUGCCGCAAGUUGUAACAUCAAAAGAAUGAAUCGAAACAAAAGUGCAGUUCUUGUAUGUAAUUUGUGUUGAAAGUUGUUGAAGUUCAUGAUGAUACAAAGUUGCAUUUGUAACGUAAUAAUUAAUUAGAAGCCAACGAAAAUACAUCAUGUGCACGGAAAUGUACAUUACAACAUCAUGGUCUGAGGAUUACCAUUUUGGAUAAAUUUCCAACAAUCGCACUGCAACGGAGCAUCUGUUACAGUUAAAUAUACACAAGUGACCUAUUGACCAAGCGGCCACAAGUGCAGGAUCGCCCUAGGUUGCAGUGCGGUACUACCGGUCGGACAAACACGGCAAGCCAGCAAUGGUGGUGAUCCCUGCGCAAAUAAACGCAAUAGCAAAAAUAAAGUAAUACACAGCAACAAAGCGACUCGAGCGGAGAUAUUCAGCCUGGCCAGAGUCAGUCAGUAGUCAGUCAGUCGGUUUUGAACGGAAAUGCGGAAUUGUUUGUGAAGCUCGCCGCAGAUCGGGGCUAGCAGCAGAACAGGAAACAACCAGCAGUAUCUACGUGUUGGCGGCACUCCGCAGCUGCAGCGUAAGACAAGCGCUCUUCGUUCGUGAAGAAAGAGAAUCAACGUUUUGUAGCUAGAAAAUAGUUUGCGUGACUAAUCGUGAAGAUUUUCUUUGUCAUCCAAGAGGUUCGGAGUUUUCCACAUCUUGGACGAGGCGGAAAGGUGUCUCUAGUGUAUAUGUGUGCGAGCGCGCGAGCGUCGCAGCUGGGAUGAAGAUAGCAGAAUAAAAUUUGUUGUGGGUGAAAAUGUUUUUUUGAUGUGUUCUACUAGCCGACAACUACGACGCCGAGCUUCGUGAGUGUUAUUCAGUGCUUGUUUCGCGAGAAGCCAAUGCAAAUGUGCUACUGUGCUACUGUGUGUUCAAUUCGAGCUGCAUAAAAAAUUGAUAAGCGUCGCUAGUAACGACCGGGGGCCGGUCGUGCGAUGUUCAGUGAUAGAAGCAUUUGGAAGUGAGCAAUUCCAAAAUAAGCGCUGAUCAAGUCCAUCGAGUGGUGCGUUUAGUGCAGAGCCAAAAGUGUAAUAAUUGUAUAUAUGUAUUACUGAGUGUAAAAUCUUGGCUGAGAGAGAAAAUUGUGAUUAGAGGCGAUAUUUUUAAGCUGGUUUAAAGAAUUAGCGAAAAAAGGCACCGGAGUGGGCUAGAUAGAGCUCAUAUCGGAGAGCCUUAACUAGUUGCAACCGAUUAUAUUGAACGCGCGGGUGAAUGUAUUUACCGGGGGCAUGAUAGUCCCCCCUCAUCUGGCCGCAACACUCAGCAACAGUGGUGGGGGGUCCGGUGGUAAUAAUAACAGUACUGGAAAUAGCAGCGGUAGUAGCAGUAGCAGUGGUUUGGCCGCCACAGGGGUAGGAGGAGCAGUAGCAGCUGGAUUGGGAAGCCACCUCGGAGUUGGGAUAGUACCGGGAGGAAUCACAUCAGCAACCGGAGCGUCGCUAGCGGUUAGCGACAGCCAGGAUAGCUUAAGUGGUUUCAUACUCACGGGGGGUGGUGGAGGCGGAGGAAACGGUAACGGAAGUGGUAGCAGCGGUAGCGGCUCCAGCCGCACCGGAUCUAGCAACGGCAGCGGCAAUCGUAUUCUCGCGGUCAAUCGCAACAUUGACGAUUUACUGUUCGGCAGUGAUUUAGACUCCCUAAUCAAUGACAAUAUCAUAAAUGGGUUCAAGUCGCUAAAAGUGGCGAAAUCGCAGUCGCAGGACAACUUGGAUUUUCAUCUUCAUCAGCAGCAUCCGCAUCAUCAGCCAUUUUAUCACCAUUAUCACUCACAUCAGUUGCGCUCAUUGCCACCGAUUCAGCAGCAGCAACAGCAGCAGCAGCAACUUCAAACGCCUGCAUCGUUAAACUAUCAAACUUAUCAUCAUCAUCUGCAGCAACAGCAGCAGCAGCAACAAGUUAAUCACUGGAUUGAAUCGGAUAUCAUAGCAAGCAGUAAGAUGCUGACGGACAAGGCAAAACAGAAAUUAGCAGCACAAUAUGCAUCCGGAAAUGUUCCUGACUCAACGCGGCAAAGGCAUCAUGCGCCGCUCUACGGAAGACUGGUUACAGAAGAACACUUACCUGCCGUUCAUCGUGAUAUACAUCAGCGUACGAUUAGUCCCACAUCAUCGACAGACAUUCGGGCGAUGCAAGCUCGAAUACCAUCGCAUUUUAGAGAUCCAUCGACGGCGCCACUGCGGAAGCUGAGCGUGGAUCUGAUCAAAACCUACAAACACAUUAAUGAGGUUUACUAUGCCAAAAAGAAACGAAGAGCUCAACAGACCCAGGGUGAAGAUACGUCACAUAAAAAGGAGCGGAAGCUGUACAACGAUGGUUAUGACGACGAAAACCAUGACUACAUUAUCAAAAACGGAGAGAAGUUUCUCGAUCGCUACGAAAUCGAUUCGCUUAUCGGCAAGGGUAGCUUCGGUCAGGUAGUGAAAGCGUACGACCACGAAGAGGAAUGCCAGGUGGCGAUCAAGAUUAUCAAGAACAAGAGACCCUUCCUAAGCCAAGCGCAAAUCGAGGUGAACUUGCUGGAGAUGAUGAACCGAGCGGACGCGGAGAACAAAUACUACAUCGUUAAGCUGAAGCGACAUUUCAUGUGGCGAAAUCAUCUGUGUUUAGUAUUCGAGCUGUUAUCCUAUAAUUUAUACGACUUACUGCGCAAUACGAACUUCCGCGGUGUUUCACUCAAUCUGACGCGAAAGUUUGCCCAGCAAUUGUGUACGGCGUUAUUAUUUUUAAGUUCACAAGAAUUAAAUAUCAUACACUGUGAUUUAAAACCAGAAAAUAUAUUAUUAUGUAACCCUAAGCGGUCAGCAAUUAAGAUAGUAGAUUUUGGCAGUUCGUGUCAACUAGGACAAAGGAUAUAUCAAUACAUACAAUCACGUUUCUACCGCUCGCCCGAGGUACUACUAGGCAUCCCGUAUGACUUAGCAAUAGACAUGUGGUCACUCGGUUGCAUACUGGUGGAAAUGCACACCGGAGAGCCGCUGUUUUCCGGAUCAAACGAAGCAGACCAAAUAAACAAGAUUGUGGAGGUGCUCGGAAUGCCACCGAAGCACAUCCUCGAUCAGGCGCACAAAACUCGCAAGUUUUUCGAGAAACACCCGGACGGUAGCUACGUGUUGCGGAAGACGCAAAACCAGCGCAAGUACAAGGCACCCGGCUCGCGCAAGCUGCACGACAUCCUGGGGGUGGAAACGGGUGGCCCUGGGGGCCGGAGGCAUGGCGAGCCCGGCCACAGCGUUUCCGACUACCUGAAGUUCAAGGACCUGAUACUGAGGAUGCUGGACUACGAUCCGAAAACCCGCUGUACACCGUACUAUGCCUUGCAACAUAAUUUCUUCAAGCGAACGUCAGACGAGAGCACCAACACGGCGAACACGAUCAGCUCGCUCAGCACGAGUCCGUCGGUUAGCACGCAGGACCCCAGCAAUCACGGUCUAUCAUCGUUACAACACCAAGCUCAGUCAGUGCAUCAACAGCCGCAACUGCAACAAUCGCAACCACAGCAGCAGCAGCAACAACAACAACAACCCCAACAGCUGCAUCAUCAACCUACAGCUGUACAGGCGCAAUCUGCAAGUAUGCUUCUCCUCUCGCAAGCGGCGGCAGCCGUUGGCCUGGGUGGGAGCACCGGUUCCGGAGGCGUUACGGUGACUACUGUCAACAAUCUAGGCAGCGCCAACAACAGCGGCAGCAGUAAUAACAUCAGCAACAGCAGCAACAACAACCCACUGGCCAUGGAAUGUGAUCCACCGGUGGCAACUGUCCAUUCUGUUCUUUCAAACUCCACCAAUCCGAACCAUUAUCACCGCAGCCGGUACCUUCAGCAUCAGCAGCAGAACCACCAGCAACAACAGCAGCAUCAUCAGCUGCUUGGUCACAAAAGUUACGCCCCUGCUUCACUGCCAAUCGACUUGGGGGGCAUUACGCAUGUUGGCCAAGCGAUUGAUUCCUCUGCAGCGGCACUGAUGUCUGGCAGCUUUAUUAGUCAUCCGUCAGCGGGGGUUGGAGGCACCAGCAGCAGCAGCAGUAGUGGCGGCAACGGCAAUGGAAACAGUAGGAGUUUACUAUCUCACAGCGCGAGCUAUGCACCUUUUUCUAUGAACGAUGCAGCCUUGCUAAUGAGUCACACCGGCGGUCUCGGAAGCAGUCACGGUGGAGUUCUAGGGCUGGUUCCGGUUGUCGGAGUAGGUCCCAUCUGUAACAGCGGGAUAGGCGGUCCGAACUCGCUGAUUGGUAGCAUUAGUAGUGGUGUUGUUGGACCUAUCGGAAGCGGCGUGGGUAGUGGCAACGGGGGCGGCAGCAGCAGCAGUAGUAGUGCCAGCUCCAAGGGCUUAGGGCGGGCUGCUGCGGUCGCUGCCGCGGCUUCUAGCGAACGGGACGAAUCACCCAUGGUUGGAGUCUGUGUCCAGCCCAGUCCGGUCAUAAUCCACUGACGAUUGUGGUUGGGUGAAAGCGGCGGGGGAACAGGAUGAGGUGGAAGUGCGUCCGAAAUGGUGCAGACUAAUAUACGCCCGGAACUGAAUGUGUGUGAGAGAGAGAUACACGGGGAAUCGACUGCGGCUUUAUAUAAUACUACUUUAUGUACUAUUGUAGAGAAUCUGUUUUCUUAGGUUUGACACUUUGUGAUGCCGAAGGUUUACGUGAUAAUAGGGCGACUGAAUGCAAACUCUAACUCUUCUCACGGUGCUAGGUUUCGGUACAUUUAGGACAAUGAGAUUGUAAAAAAACAUCCCCUUUUCUCCAAGGUAGUGUAGGUAUAAGUACCGAAGAAUAAUUAAUAUUAUGGGCCAAGUAUAUAGACAUGCUUUUCGAAAUAGUGCAAUAAAAUGGGAAAACGCGGAGUAUUUCUCUAGAAUGUUCCAGAUUUUGGCACCGAAAGUUGUCUUGAAAUCGAAACCAAGCAGCUCAGGUGGAACAAAACGUUGGAGAGUGAGUUCUCUAGCUAGAAGGUUCUGCAGCGAUGCAAAGCUUUUUUUACGGACUAAAGUUUCAUUUGACCUCAACAUGAUAUCGUUAUCCAAACGAAAAUAGGAGUGAAAAAUUCUCGUUCUCAGAUUCGAGCGUAAACAAGGAUCAUUGUCAGUUUACGGUCUAAUCGGAUAAAUAAUCGACUUCCUGCCGGGAGGAGUUCGGAAAGUACCAUAAGAACUCAAUCUUUGAGUCCGAUUUCAUCUCGACACAGAAUUGAAAUGAAGCUUUUAGAACGGUCAACGGAUCUAUGCCAACCUGGUACUCGAGCAUAGGACGCCUUAUUUGUUAGAUCAGCAUCGUACCUCCAGAUGAGUCCAGACUAACCACUAGCAGCUGUUCAGAAUAAUUUUACGGUUCAAUAUUAAAUUACUCUACGACCCGUACCGUGAAUCCCAUGAUGAGUAGAACAUGGUGUAAAGGUUUGAUCAAAAAGUAGGCUCUGGAGAUUUUUUUCCUUGUUUAUGUUUCCUUGCUCACUAGAAAAAUGUGUUUUAACUUGUGAGGCGCUUUUAAGAAGCACGAAUUUUGAUAGCAAGGUAUGUAACAUUGUCAUAUUUACAAUUUGAAUGCAUCUAAGUAAUAUACUUAACGAUGCAAAAAUUUGUUUUCCAAUGGCUGUUUAUAAACAAACUCUCUCUUUACAUGAUGGUAUAUCAAAUAGUCAACUUGAAAGACACUAUUUGUAAAGGAUGCUAACAACCUGCUUGAAAGUUUUGUUCAGUAACCAUAAAUAUGCGCCGCUUCAUUUGAGAUUGUUUUUAUGAUCCGUAGAGUUUCUGGCAUCGAUUGAGAAUCGAGCUCGAUAACAUCAUAAGAUACUCAUAAUUACGUUAGAGUUCAUUUUUCAUUGCGAGUGUUCAUUCAGACUAGCAUCGUACCUCGAAGAUAACCGAACCGAACAGAAGGUCUAGAAGGGAAUUCCUCAGCAUAAUCCUCAUGCAUCUAUGUCUUAAGGUUACGGUGGAAAAUCUUUGUAAUAAAUGAAAUUCAGUGGCAAUAGUUGUUAGUUUUAACAAACUACCCUAACCUAAAAAAACUUAGAAUGGAGUUUGCAUUCAUUGGCUAGGGACGGCAAAAGCAAUCGGCACCACACAAUGUGUAGCAAUUUCCUUUCACUAUAAAGUCCUACUUUCAAACUACCAACCACUUUUGUUGCUAUGUUUUUUUCUCGAAGACCAGAAUCAGUUAGUCAGUUUUGUACAGUUUGUACAACCUACCUAUAGAGGAGAUCAAGGCUAUUAUGAAUACUAAGGUGAAUAACUGAUAACCCCCGCGCGCGGGAAGGAUAGUGUAUAGCUUGAACGAAACGUAAAGUGCACAUUUUAUGGUUAGGACAAAAAAAAAAACGAAACUAGAUCAAGCAUAUAUCCGGUAUAAGUAGGGACGGCUUAACCCAUUACUACGAAAUAUGGCGAACUCAUACUGACUGAUUGUGGUGAUAAUUUUCAUCACAUUUCCUUCUCACUGUCAUUCUGUUUAUGUAAAUCAACAGCGCUUUUAUUUUUCCGCAAAUCAAACGAUCCUAUAGGUAAAAAAUGCUGAGUUCCCGAACAAGAACUAGAAGAAGAAGUAACCACAUUCUACUACCAUUACAAAUAAACUGCAUUACACCAAUCACGCCCGUACGUGCAUACAAACGACGCGUACGUGUAAAUUAAUCUUUUUUAUGUCGCCGCUGCGCGUAGUUUCAUGUAACGACGAAAAAUCUCUUUAGUAUAUCUGGAAAUCACAACAAAACGACGCUACAACAAACGUACGCAACCACCAGCGAACUUUGCUGAGCGCAGAAAGACACCAACAACACAUCAAAGCGAUCAAUACGCCAAUAACUAGUUUUUUUUUCUCGGUUAUACACGAAACGGAAAUUACAAACGAACACAACAAAACAAAACAAAAACAAAAAAACACGUUUAUUUAAGGGCAAAUCCGGGGAUACUCCGUAAGCAGAGGGGCAACAAUGUAAACAGAAUAUUAGAAGAAAAAAAAAAGAAUGGUCAGACCAAUCAUUUAAUUUAUUAAAUUUUUAUUUAAAACUAAUCUAAAGCUGAAAACGGAGAAGGCAUGGAACUGGACAAUGUUUCCCUGUACAUAGUAACUGAUAGUACUAAUAAAAAUGACUAGUGGAAUGAGUAAAAAAAAAACUGAAAACAAUACGUUUAUGCAAGAUUAAGCGUAAGCAAAAAUGGGAAAGAACAAACACUGCAAAAUGGUGAGAAAUUAGAUCAAUAACUAAUGGAAGGAAGUAAAUGAAUUAAAUUAAUACCUAAACAGUAGCGAGUAAGAUAAGUAAAUACAACCAGCAAACUAAGUAAGGACAAUUGAUAAGUAAUAAAGAAGGAAAAAGUGCUAACAGCAAACAAAACAGUGAAUUAGUGAAAACAAAGCAUCGUAAAAAGAAAACUCCCUGCGAGAGAGGUGUACAGUUACAGUUCGGCUGUACUAACUUGUACUAAGUUCUCUUAGAGAUUACACUCGGGUAAAAGAAGCUAAGAAAAUUAAUCAGGUUAGCCAAGUCGAGCCAAAUACAAAAAAAAAAAAAAUGCGCGAAAACUCAUCGGGUUUUGUUUCCAGUGAUCAACCUGCUAACUGAAUCACACACACACAUACACUUACACACACAAACACAUGCAGUAAAGAGUCUGAUAACUCAUCUCCCUCCGUCGGAGUACCUGCAGGUAAUCACAGUGGAGUCCGAUAGAAGAAAGUUUUAACAAAAACGACUGGAUUAGGAAAACAGCCAUCAUACCAAUCAUGCUAUAGAACCAUUUAAAACUGCCCAUAAAAGUAUAUCCGUACGUUUCCUAACAAAAAAUGCAGAGAUAUGCCUUUAUGGUCGAUACAUUAAGCCAGCAAAGAACUGAAACGAAUUUCAUUCAAUCUUUUUUUUCCACAAACCAAACAAACACAUACACUUAAACACCCUCAAACACACAGACAAGCGACUAAAACAGUGACGGCGAGAAAGCUGUCUCCUUACGGAACAAAUUGCACAGAAGGAAACAAACUCUAUUCUUUAAUUAUUAUAUCGAAAUACAAAAUAAAAAAAAUGGAAAAACAAAAAAAUAAUGAGUAAUGUAAACUUAAAUUAUUAUAUUUAUACACCUAAGAUCGGAGACAAAGAAAAAGCCGAACGAAAAGAACCGAACGUAAAACCGCUGGAAGCCAAACAGCAGAGAAGGGAAUCCGAAAGAGAGAGAGAAAACAAAUUGCAAAAAAAAAAUCAAUGAUAUGACAGAACAAAAAAAAAGACAUUUGUAUAAAAAAAGCUAUCAUAAAAUCCAAAAAAUAAAUCUCAUACAAUUAGAUACCAACUGCGUCGCGAAAUUCAGAACAACAAAGUAAAGAAACAAAAAAAUGGCAUAUUGUUGAUUUGAAGAUGACUGGCUGUUGUGUGGGGAGAUGACGCGAUCACGGCUAGGAGUAAAGAGUGCUGUAACCGAAAAGUAGCAAUAAGUGUACCGAGAUGGGCAACUGAGUGCGAACAGUGUGCGAAAGAGUGCGCGGUCGCGAAACCACGCGCGGCCGGGUGUGUGAGCGUGCGAGACCCCCCCCCCCCCUCCCCAAAUCGAAACGCGCUGAACUCUCGCGAGUUCGCUGAUGAAGGAAUGAAUAAAAAAACACACGAAACCGAAGCAAAAAUUGUAGAUUGGAAAUCAUUGAAGGGCAAAGCGGUGAAAAAUUGAUGCAAAAUAAAACUAAUUGACAAAAAAAAAAAAAAAACAAAUAAGAGAAAACCACAAAACUGAGACGAGAAAAGUGUAUUAAAAGUAAAUGAAUGCGAGUAACAAUUAAAAAAAA